GGCACAUGUCCAUUACAAAUCAGCAGGACUUACACACUCCUGGCCCAGAGUGACGCAGGUGUCCACCGACUGCUGAUAACCAUCGUCGCGCGCACUGCUCAUCCUGGGACGAUGGCUCUUGGAUUCGGCAGUAGUAGUAGCAAGCUCGGCGACUCGACAGCCGUCGCCACCACCGCGCCCCCCGAGAGCAGGACAGGGAAAUUCUUCCGAGGCAUGCUGGGAAACAGCAAGAGCUCCAAGAAAAUCUCGACACAUCUUUCGUCCACAUCGUCCGUGGCCAAGUCGACCUCGUCCGUGUCGGACGACGAAGGCGACCUUGAACGCAGUGGAUACUCGGCGGAACACAAACAGCACAACAACGGCAAGAAGACGAGUUUGAUCUCGAGUUUUCAGGAGAACCACGACGGCCACCACGAGUCGGACUUUUACGCACCCACGAGCAAGAGCGGCGUGCUUGUCAAGCAGGCAAACCACCUCAAGAACUGGAAGAAGCGCUUUAUGGUGUUGCGCGGCCAGUCCAUGUUCUAUUACGUGUCUGGCACGUCGAGCGAGGAAACGUUCCCUCGCGGCGUCAUCUCGUUGUCGGGCGUGGAUGUUCAUCCAUUGGACACGGCCAAGUUUAAAAAACAAUUUUGUUUUGAAAUCUCCCACCCCAAUUACCGGUCGCUGUACAUGGUCGCAAAGAACGAAGCGGACCUCGUGCAAUGGUUAAGCAGCAUCAAAAGCGCAUCCCUUCCCGUGCGCGACGGCGUCGCAGACGUCCGCGAGUCCAAGGAACAGCUCUAUCAACUCCCCGCCCUAGAAGACGUGCCUGCGUUUGAGCGGGUAUAUGUGUGCCGAAAGAAGAUGGCAUUCUGCCGACCAAGGUACCUCGGGCUGUCGGACAAGGAAAAGUACGAGUUGCGCGACCGCCAGAUCAAGCUAAUGCAGGAUAUCCACACAUAUUGCGAUACAUAUCCGACGUUGAUGGCCGACCCGAGCCUGUUCAAGGAACUGCUUCACAUGACGUCGUCGUUUCUGUUUCGGCCGUUUCCGCGCGUCCCCGCGCAAGAUCCGAACGCGGUCUUCUUUGAAGAGACCUCCCCGGACACGGACGCGGCGCCAUUCUCGAUCCAAGACCUCAUGUCCGACAUGCUGUCGGCAGAAGACCAAGAGUGGAGCGUCCUGAGCACGUGCUACGACAUCCUCGUGCGCGCGAUCGAGUACAUUGACCAGCUAGACAAGCAAGUGCGCAAAGAUUUCUUCACGCCGCGCUUUGUAUCGCAGCUCGUCGCGCUGUUCAAGUCGCCAUCGUACAAGGAACGGCAGUUGCUCAAGACCGUGCUGCAUCGACUGUACUACAAGCUGACGCAGCGACGGGCUCUCAUUCGCAAAGAAAUUGCCAAUGUGUUUUACGAAUACGUGUACGAGUCGUCCAAUUACUAUGGUGUGACGGAACUGCUCGAGAUCCUCGGGAGUAUCAUCAACGGCUUUGCGUGUCCAAUCAAGGAAGAGCAUGUCGUGCUGUUGGUCAAGUCGCUCGUGCCGCUCCACUCGACGCAAGCGUAUACGUCGUACCACCAGCAGUUGAUGUACUGCAUGAUCCAGUUUGUGUCGAAAGAUCAUGUGCUGUACACGCCGAUCGCGCGGGGUGUGCUCAAGUACUGGCCCGUGGGCAACGCGUUCAAGGAGAUUGUGUUUCUGAUCGUGCUCGAGGAGCUGUUCGAGUACGUGUUGGCCGAGUCCGACUUGGCGCCGGUGGCGCGCACGAUGGGGCUCCGCCUUGGCAAGUGCAUGAGCAGCAUCCAGCAGCAAGUGGCGGACCGCGCGCUCGCGUGCUGGAACUCGCCAGCGUGUGUGCGGGUGAUGAAUACGUACGAAAAGGUUGGCCAAGACAUGUUUGACUUGAUUCGACCCAACUUGGUCGCGACGAUGCUGUCGCACUGGAACGUCCUGACCCAGCAAAAGGCCCGCACGGCGUACAAAACGUACUACAAUAUGGGCUAUGAAAAGGCAGGCAACGCCCUCGACAAUGUCAACGACGACAAUGAGAGUGAGUUGAACUCGGAUGAAUCGCGGUUUCACAAGUCCCAAUCCCCGAAACAUGAGGCAACAUUAUAUGGCAGCGACAACAACGAAGAUGGCCAAGAAGACAAAGAGCAGCAGCAUGCACACGACGAAGAGGGAGGAGGAGGAGGCGGAAUGGGCGGGGUCGCUUGAGCACGGGUUAUAACAUAUAUGUGACGUACUAUUACGCUAAAUGUCGGGGACUCUAGCAACGUUAUAUAUCUCCAAAAGGAAGAAGAAGACGAAAAACAUAUUUACAG